AUGAAGAUUUCCUUUCGUAACCACCACCCCCGCGCCUCCGACCACCAUCUUGCGGGCUUGUCUCAAGAAAAUAUCAUUAUUGUCGCCGUUUGUGCUUCCGUAGGCGGUACAAUCCUUGCUUUUUUUCUCGUCCGCACCAUCCGCAAACUUCGUCGCUCAGCAAAUUCGAAUCCUCUGCCCCCUGUUCAACCCUUGUCACAUCAUCGCGAGCAGCUCGCGCAGGCAGAUGGCCGUACACGGACGUUAGGAUCAACGCGGUUGUCCGCAUAUCACCCUUCUUACACUCCUUCACCAAGUGGAAGCAAGGUAUCUCUGAUUGGCGAGCAACACUUGGGAAAUAUUAACCCUUCAUCACCAUCCUCGCCGACAAGCGAUACGUAUGAAUGGCCAGGCUUGAUAGUAAAUUCCGAACGACCCCUCCCCAUUCCUACAUUACAUUAUUCCCUCGAUUCAUCCUCGUCACUCGGCUCUACCAAAGCGGAGCUCUCGGGUCAUACCCUGAGUCUCCAAGCUGGAAAUUUGACAGCUACGCCUCCACCCUUUCGGCGUCCGCGUCCUUUAUCCAUGUCGUCUUCUCACAAUACGUUUGUGUCACGGACUAGUCGACAUUCUGUUCAAGGAAUGCCUCACAGCCGUCACGGCCAAAUUCAGAUUGUGCUACCGACACCACUGGCCCUGAUUCCAAGCACUACGGUGGAAGGGACUGACAGAUGGAACGUGGUAGACAAAUGGAUGUUGCCAGGCGACAAUACGAUCAGGGGCUCCUAA